AUGUCAAUUGCAUUUGCUCAAGGAUGCCGUAUAGUGAAAAAGUGCAAGUCGCUAAUACCAUGCCGAUACAUAUCGGAUUCGGUGGUGUUCACACCUGUUGAGCGAUCCCCAGCCACACCAUCAGAUACGAGCAAACCCAAACUUGAGGGGAGAUUGCGUGUCAAGCUCCUCAAAAGUCCAUCACACUUGGGCCAUUUUACAAGCCGAGUGAAUCGACCCUAUAAUGAGGACAAGUACAGUGCCAAUGUAUUAACCAUCAAAGGUAAUGAAGUUUUCAAUUUUAACGUAUUCGACGGGCAUGGCGGAGAUCAAUGUAGCAAAUACCUAACUGAGAACUUGGCAUUGAAUGUUGAAUGUGGUGAUGACUUGGUGAAAAAGAAGAAAGCAAGGGAGGACCUAGUCAAGAAGUACGCUAAAAAUGUUGGUGGUUAUUGGAAACGGUGGUUUAAACACCGAGAAAAGACAUUCGCCGCUUGGCAAACCAGCAAACUACCCAUAACGAGCUUUAAAAAGGAUAUCGAAAAGAAUGAUUUGCCAUUUAGGUUACCCCUUUCGUUCCUCAAUACAGAUUACGAGUUCUUCCAACAGGAACAACAACUGGGGUCCACGUGUACAUCAGCAUUCUUUCAGACCAUAUAUACCAACCCAGUAAAGUCGGUGCCUGUAAUUGAAAAUUACUACUUCAACAGAAACACCAUUUCUUUGCUAACGAUUGCCCACGUGGGCGAUACGAGAGCCAUAGUGGUGGAUAAGAAUGGGAUUGCCAAUGCGUUGACUGUGGAUCACCACCCUCUGAAUCCGUUAGAAAGUAAGAGACUUCGAAGGUAUGCAGCUAAUUUUUUCAUGACUGAUUCCUUUGGGGAAGAACGGUUCAUUGCUCUUGCAAACACAAGAGCGUUUGGAGAUAUCAGUUACAAGGAAAUGGGAGUCACUGCUGAGCCGGAGAUAACCCAGUAUAUUGUUGGAGACUCUAAGGAUAUUUCUCAAAAACUAACAGCAGACGAGAUCAAGAAAUACACAGUGGGUGGUCUAGGAGGUGAUGAAUGUUUCCUCAUAUUGUGUACAGAUGGGGUCACCAACGUGUUGACCGAUCAGGAAAUUGCUGAUAUUAUAAUGACACAUUACAAAAGACAAGGCCAUGUGAAGGCAACCCCGCAAUUUUGUGCCCAGGAAGUGGUCAAGUUUGUCGAAUACGUUGGAGGUGAUGAUAAUGCCACUAUACUAGUGAUCAGAUUGAAUGGAUGGGGUAAUUGGCCAAAUAUCGACAGAACCGGAGAGUUGAGACAGCAGAGGCUAGACGACUAUAAUCCAAGGCGUAAUAGUGGUUGA